GUCAUUUUCUCUCUCCCUCCCCUCACUGCCUUCCUUUCUCUCUUUUCUUUUCGCGGGUUCAGCACCGGCUGCCCAGUCACUUAGCCCCCGCUCUUUUUCCUGCUCCGGGGAAGCUGGUAGCGAUGGGACGUCUCGGUUUCAGCACCACGGAGAGCGCCCGACUUUUGCUGUUCACUGUGUUUGGUGUGCUGGCGCUGUCCGUGGUGCUGGCUGAGCAGGAAGGUGAAAACCUGUCCGGUCUCUCCAACAACCCAGACAAAGCCAUCUUCGCGGUUCGAGAGAACGGCACAACAUGUCUCAUGGUGGAGUUCGCUGUAAAAUUCCUCGUGCCAUAUGACGUGCUUGCACUCAACGGGAUAGACCUGAUCACCGAGCAGGCGUCGUUCACUCUCCCCCGUGGCGCAGAAAUCGAGGGGAAAUGUGGGAGCACAGAGUCAGAGAUCCACAUAACCUGGAAGAACAACGCCUACAUCCUCCGCAUCUACUUUUCCAAGGAAUUCCGUGACAAGGGCAUCGAGGUGUGGAAGAUUAGCAAGGUUCAGUUCGUCUACGACACCUCGGAGACAUCGCAUUUCAUCAACGCAUACAACCGUGAGUCUCAGACUCAGCAAUUUCCAUCGCGCAACUUCCCCUCAUUCAUUUCCCACAUCACCGUUUCCAUGUAUGACAUCCAGAUCCAGCCCUUUGACAUCGCAUCUGACUUCAUGUUCAGUGAACCCUACAAAUGCAUCACAGACCAGCGGGAGCGCCUGGAGGAGACCCUCCCCCUUAUCUUGGGCCUCAUUCUGGGCCUAAUAAUCGUCAUCAUCCUCACAAUCUACCACUUUCACCUCAAGCUGACAGCGGCUCAGCCCCAGCUCCCCAGAGAUCGCUCCAUGUACAAGAACAUGUAGUGAACCGGCACAGCAGCGGCUCCCCUCGGCUCUCUCCGAAGCUAACCUGAUGACAGACUUUGUCUCCUUGUUGUUCCAGGCCUCUAAUACCACAGAGAAUCGUGACCCCCGCACUGGGCUGAAUCCUCGAUUGAUAAAUGUGUAGCAUGUACUGCCCACAAGAACUUUUGAAAAGCUGAAACAUAAAUUAAUGGGACAGUUUGGGGAGGGGGGAGCUGUCAUGGAUUUAGCUGGGAGUGUAAACCCACCAAAAUAAACAAUAAUUUCACCGGCUACUGAAUUAAAUCUUGGUCUAGAAUCUGCUUAGAGUUUUAAUUAAAAUAAGAAAAAAA